UGUUGGUCGGAGGACAACACCGUCGUCUGCCCGAGGUCAGUGUUGUGAGGCGGCUGGGUAGACCGUGUCGCUCCUCGCUCCCGCUGCUGCCCCCUACUGUCUUGCUGCUCCUCGGUUUUGUCAUAAUAAUCCUCUCCUGGACAUAUUUCCGGCCAUUUCAUGAUAAUAAUUUAAGUGUGAGUGUCGUGGUAGCUACGGGAAAAAUGACAAACGCCGCUUCAAAACUUAUCAGGGAGACGUCUUUGAGGCUGAAUGUGAGUGAGGCGACAGUAACUCGAGGUGGAAUGUCCUUAGUUGUAGCUUUAUAUAUAUAUAAAAUAAUAUAUCCAAAGAUCAAGGAACUUUGUAAGGUCCAACCCACCAAAGAACAGCUAGAGGCAGCAAAGAAUGAAGCCAAAUACAAGAAGAAAGGUCCCACAGUCAACAAGGAGUUCUUCGUGCAGCUCAAGAAGCUAGUGAAAAUUGUUAUCCCUACUGUGUGGUGUAAGUCAUCCAUCAUCCUUUUCAUCCACACUGUCACCCUCAUCGCUCGCACCUUCCUUUCUAUAUACGUGGCACAAUUGGAGGGGAGAGUCGUCAAAUAUAUUGUACGUAAGGACGUAGCCAAGUUUGCCCUGAUGAUGACAAAAUGGAUUACCAUUGCCAUACCUGCAACGUUUGUCAACUCCAUGAUCCGUUUCUUGGAAUCACACCUUGCACUCACGUUCCGUACUCGUCUCACGCGUUAUUCGUAUGACCUAUACUUCAAAAACCAGUGUUAUUAUCGAGUCUCGAACCUGGACGGCCGGUUGGAGAAUGCCGAUCACUGCCUCACCGAGGACAUCAUGGCCUUCACGUCCAGCGUUGCCCACCUCUACUCCCACAUCACAAAGCCACUGCUGGACUCUUUGCUCAUCACAUACUCCCUAGCCUCCCUGGCCAGGUCCCGUGGUGGUGCCAGUUUACCAGGUCCAGCAUUGGGUACCCUGGUUGUUAUGAUCACAGGACGCAUACUGAGAAGGGUGUCGCCCAAAUUUGGCACUCUCGUAGCUGAGGAGGCACACCGGAAAGGUUACCUCAGAGCCGUCCACUCUCGGAUCAUCACCAAUGCUGAAGAGAUUGCCUUCUACGGUGGUCAUAAGGUGGAGCUGGGCAUCCUGCAGCAGGCAUAUCAGUCACUGGUACACCAGAUGGGGGUGAUCUUCAACAAGAGAUUGUGGUACAUCAUGUUAGAACAAUUCCUCAUGAAGUAUGUGUGGUCAGGUGCUGGCAUGAUCAUGGUCUCCAUCCCUCUCCUCACUUCCACCAAAAAUGAGAGUGGAGAGACUGAUGGAGGAGUUUCGGAGCGUACACAGUACUUCACCACUGCCAAGAACAUGCUGGUGUCUGGAGCUGAUGCUGUUGAACGUCUCUUGACAUCGUACAAGGAGAUCGUAGAGUUGGCCGGUUAUACUGCACGAGUUGGUAACAUGCUGCAGGUGUUCGAAGAUGUACAAAAAGGGCGGUACAAGCGACCCACAGUGAUAAUGGACGGGGAGCAGCAGCCGGAGCGAGAACGUUCAGCCAUACUCUCUUUCAGUAAUGGAAUGCCAAUUAUAAAUGGUAUUGUAACAGAGAGCAUUGAUGGGACUAUAAUAAUAGAAAAUGUUCCGAUUGUGACGCCAAACUGUGAUGUGGUGGUACCGACUCUCACCCUCACUGUCAGACCACUGAUGCACCUCCUCAUCACAGGUCCAAAUGGGUGUGGAAAAAGUUCAUUAUUCCGGAUUUUAAGUGGUCUGUGGCCAGUAUACAGUGGCCACCUGCAGAAGCCUGUUACCUCUGACAUGUUCUACAUUCCUCAAAGGCCAUACAUGUCAGUAGGGACCCUGCGUGACCAGGUGACCUACCCAGAUUCAUAUGAAGACAUGAAAAACAAGGGCCUCACUGAUGACAACCUGUUGAACAUCCUGUGUAUUGUGAACCUCCAGAACUUGGUGAUAAGAGAGGGAGGAUGGGAUGCCAUACAGGAUUGGAAGGAUGUCCUGUCUGGAGGAGAGAAGCAGAGGAUGGGGGUGGCCCGACUCUUCUACCACAAGCCACAGUAUGCCCUGCUGGAUGAAUGUACGAGUGCUGUGAGCAUUGAUGUUGAGGGCCAGAUGUACCAGGCAGCCAAGGAUCACGGCAUCACCCUCCUCACCAUCACACACCGGCCCACUCUAUGGAAGUUUCACACACACCUACUACAGUUUGAUGGAGAGGGCGGGUGGAAGUUUGAUCGUCUCGACUCUGAAAAACGUCUCGGAUUGAAGGAGGAAAAACAGCACUUGGAAUCUCUCUUGUCUGAUAUACCCACCAAGAUGGAGAGAUUAAAGGAGCUGUGCAGUAUCUUAGGUGAAGAUUCACUACUGGUGGAGGACACAGCUUUGCCAGACUUAGCCAAUGACACAGCCCUGUCUGACUAAGCCAACCAUAACCAUAGAGGAACUCAAGAUUUCUUCAUUACACACCAGCAUCUCGACUAUUGAUGCAUAUUUUGCCGUCUUGCCAAGUAGGAACUGCAGUGGUCAUUAUGUCUAGUCAAGUUUGUGAUGCAGAAUUACACGUGAACAUCAAGUAUGUUGGAUGUGUUUUAUUGUGAAUGAGAGAAUGUUUUAUCAAGAGGGAAUUGGGUACUUGAAUGUUCCAUGUUGUAUGUGGAAGUUUUCAUAUAGAGACCACUGGUUCCUGAGCCUUGUUUUCACAUUUACCAGGAUGGCAUUGUAACAUUGUGAUCGAGAUUACAAAAAGGUGACUUCCUCUUUUGAUUGACAGAGAUUUAGUACAAUUAAGGAAGACUUUAUUUUA